AUGGCGCAGAAGAAUCGAACUAGGGAGCUUCCUAUUGAUCAGGGCUGGUCAUGGGUUAUUUGUUUUGCUGUGGUGUCAACAAGUGUCCUAGUUCCCGCCUUCGGAGAGCGUCCAGUCAUCAUUGUGGCUGGCGCCCUAUUCGCUGCCUGCUCUAUUGGCUAUUAUCUGGCGCCGAACAUUAUCGUGUUUAUAGUGUUUGCAGGUGGGAAAGGAUCCUGUGUGGGUUUGAUCUUCGUCCCCUCGGUAAGCCUGCUAAGCUACUACUUCAACAAGCGACGAUCUCUAGCAACGACCAUCAGCAACAGUGGCAUCUGUGUGGCCAGCAUCGUGUCUCCGCCCGUCAUCCGCGCCAUCACUGCCGAGUUUGGGAUGAGGGGAACAUUUCUGAUACUCUCCGCCAUAGAAUUCCACAUGGUUGCUGCUGGUCUUCUCAUGCGCCCUGUCUCCUCCUACAGAGCCGUCUCUCGAGACAUCACAGGUCUUACAAACAUCGAUGCCACAACACCGCUGAAAGAUGAACCAGUGAAAGAGCAACACGCAGGUCAGAGUUUGCUGUCACCAACCUCAACACAGGACACGGAGAACGAGCUGCCACCACUCCAAGGAGACAUAAUCACCAAGUACAGUAACGGACGUUUGUAUGACAUGGUCGAUAGCCAUGUCAGUGAUGUCCCUUCAGACGAUACCAAGAAUGCAAGAUUUUAUGAAGUGGGUAAAGAAUUAGCAAAUGGUGAACUCUUAACACAGACCGGCUACCCGAAAAAUACUAAAUCAAAACAUCCUCACGAGGCAAGGAAGGCUUCAAAUAAAGAUUUGUUGCCGAAGCAGAGUUCCAGAAAGGAUUCAGCUGAUCAGAUGAGCAUCCAUGGAAGCAACUGGAGCAUCGACCAGAAACUGUCAGGCCCCUUCGUCCACCGUGAUAGCAUCAUGAGUGUCACCAGUGGUCUGGAACCUGGUGUCACGGGUGUAGCACUUCAUGGAGCUCCUGCCGAGGAUGACAGUCGGAACAAUCAUGACUGGAGAUCAUGCUGCUGUAUCAGAAUCAUUCGGAAAAUAUUCGAUCCAAGUCUGUUCAGACAACUGGCGUUCCGGGUGUUCCUAGUAUCUGCAGUACCUAGCGCCACCACCCAGUAUCUCAUGCAGUACGUGCCCACAAUCGCUGUUAUCAAGGGAGCAUCUAAAGAUCAGGCAGCCACCCUUCUAACCAUCACCGGAUCUGUAGACCUGGUCAGUCGUCUGGCCAUCGGCUUCUUCGCUGACACUAAUUUGCUGAGAGCCACUCAGAUUGUUGCUAUUGCUCAGAUUUGUCAAGGCAUCCUGCUACAGUUUAACACGCUGUUCGACAACUUCGAGAAGAUGAUCGCCAUGGUGGUAAUCAUGGGCUUGUUCAUCGGCACCAGACAGUCGCUGCUUCCAAUGAUGCACAUCGAGAUAGUGGGCAUGGAGAAGAUGGCGCGUUGCCUCAGCAUCACAGCCAUGCUGGCUACAAUCUCUGCCGCCUGUCACAGCCCGAUGCUCAGUGCCAUACUGGAAGCCACCGGCUCCUACGAUAUUGUCCUCUACUAUGUUGGCGUGGCCCUGAUUGUCGGAGCGGUUCUCAUGUUGUUCAUGCCAAUGCUAGCCAAAGUCGAUGCCCGGCGCCAGGCCAGGAAAAUGGCCGCAUAA